ACAUGAUGCUAAGAUAUGCUGUAUUGCGGUGCAUCAAAUCAAUCUCAAAGCGUUGCAGUUUCUUCGCUAAUCAGGUGCUGAAGGUCCUACACUCCAUAAAUGAAUGGAAAUUGCUACACUUUCAAAUGGUUUUUGGACGUCAUGGUUGUGAAAUGGUAGGUGAAUCGGGUUAUCAACUUAGAAAUUUGCCAAACAACCGCUCUAAGCGUAACAUAGAGAUCGAGUGUGAUUCCAGUACCUGCGGGCAUCAAUCUAAGCGUCCACGUCGUUCUGACUCGACCUCAUCACAUAAAGAGAACAAUGGAAUCUGUACGGCGCCAAAAAACAUGUUCCCAUCUAGGUCUAGAAUACCUCCAUUAAGGAGCAUUCAUCCGAUGAAUACGAUCAAUGAGUCCACAAAUGUGUCAACACUUGUUCGGCGACUUAAAGUACCUGGAGAUUUAAGUGAAACUACUACACGGCUGACGCGUUCAUGUAGUGUCAAAACAAGUCCAGUUGUCAACCAAAAACGUACUUUGCGAAGCAGUCGCCGACGCAGCAUUCAAACUAUUCCGAAUGCCAUAUUACAGGUUAGGCUGGAACGUUUCCCUGUUCAAUCUUUUUCUGGCAAAAAGUCUGACUUGGCUGUCGGUUCGUGUAAUAGCAGUUUGGCGAAUGAAUCACAGACAGAAACUAAGGCUUCAAAAGAGUUGCUAUCCUUGUUCUCUCCCAGAAGAUUUAGUUCAGCUGGAAAAGAUCAGGCAGCCAAGCUAAAGCGACUAAAUAGAAGGCGCAUGGAGUUCGACGUUCAAGAAUUAAACCAGUCUUUUGGCUGCGAUCUUUCUCCUUCAUCUUCCGACUCACUACAUGAUCAAUCUGUAGUGGGUGAUCCCCUGGAAAAAUUAUUGCGGUUAUGCGGCCAAACUGAAAUCAAGUCAUUCGAUGAAUAUUUUGAUCAUACAAUAGUUGAAAGUAUGGUGAAAAUUGGCGAGGGUGUGUAUGGUGAGGUAUUUCAGUCACCGAAGGGCAAUGUAGUCAAAAUCUUCCCUGUGGAUGGAGAAGAUCUUGUUAAUGGUGAGAAGCAAAUGAAGUUUGAAGAAGUUUAUCCCGAAGUGUUCGUGUCGCAGAGGUUAAGUGAGCUUGCAUACAAGUAUCGACGUAACCGGUCAGUCAAUUUUGCUCAGCUAAAAAGAGCAACUGUUGUUCGAGGAAAACUACCUAAGGCUUUAGCUUCAAGUUGGAGAAAAUAUGAAAGUCAACGGGGUUCAGACAACGAAUGUCUGGACUUCUUACCUGCUGAACAACAAUGGAUGGUUUUAGAAUCUGAAUUUGCUGGAGAGCCACUUUCCAAUGUACGAUUCAACACUUGCCGUGAAGCUCGUUCUGUGAUUGAACAGAUAGCAUUGUCCUUGGCUGCCGCUGAAUCUGCUCUUCAAUUUGAACAUAGAGACUUACAUUGGCAUAAUGUAUUGGUCCGACCUACUCGACAAUCAAAACUGCGUUAUCGUGUUGGGGGAGUGAGUUAUGCCGUUUUCACUGAAGGAAUACAAGUUACAAUAAUUGAUUUCACAGUAUCCCGUCUUUGUCAUGAAGGCAACAUUGUUUACGUUGAUAUGUCAGAGUCACCAGAAAUUUUUGAGUGUGAAGGGGAUUAUCAAUUCGACAUUUACCGUAUAAUGCGCGAAAACAAUGGGAAUGAUUGGCGUCCCUUUCAUCCAAGUUCCAAUCUUUAUUGGCUUCAUUAUCUUAUGGGGAAACUUUUAAACGAAACAUCUUAUCCCAGACGUGAUCCUGAUUCUCAACCUGUGGAAUCUGAAUUGCGCGCAUUGUAUGACAUGGUAUUAGCAGGUGAUUAUAAUUCUGCCACGCAACUUGUAAGCUCAAGUUUCUACUUCGAUUCUUGUCGAAUCGGUUAACAGGGACUUGACGGACUUCCCAAAACGUCAAAGAUUGUUGCUGUUUAGUUUGGUUCCGCCUUUUGAUCCUUAUAAUCUUUCAUACAAAACUCCUUCGUUUUUUGUUUUGAUAAAUGAUAUGUGUAAAGUAGAACUCUUCCCAUUCACAUUCUAAUUCUUUAGAAGAGGGACGCUAGCUUUAUGAAAACGUUUAUCAUGAAGUUCGAUAAUUUUUCCGGUUUCUUGACAUACGUUCUAUGUUUGUGGUUAGUUUUGGAUCUUUUUUGUAGACCUCGUCUCGAAAUCGCUUUUUGUAUCAUAAAAUAUUUAGUGAUCAGGUUACUUAUCGUUUAGUUAUGAGUGUUAGCGCUUCCGCUGGGUCUUGCUUAUUAUGCCACAACUAGAUAGUUGCUGUAACAGAUUUUCACUCUUAUGCGACGGCAUAUAUUAUUUUCUUGCUAUUAGUUUAGUAACUACUUGAAGCUUACCAACUACUAUUGCUUGCCUAAAACACAGCAGAGGAAUAGGGGCGUGCAACGUCUGUUAAGCCCAGAUUAUAGUCAAUAUUUUCCGGACGUAUCAAUAUCACCCCGAGAAAGCGCGCCACGGUGGCUAUCGCAUCAGAAAAAUAACGAGUCAACCAGUGACCUCAUUAGGAAGAGGGUUCCACAAUGUGAAACGACUGGAGAACACUACAAAAUCGAAGCGACCAGUGAGGACCUGCCAUUUGCGAACAUCCAGUCAGCUAUAACUUAGGACCUAGCGCAUAUAUGCAUCGGUCCAAAUUGCCACACAUCAUUACCUCAACAAAAUGAACACUGAAUUAAUAAAAUAGUUACUUCAAUGGUAGUAAUA